AUGUGCCGAGCAGAGUUUAGGCAACCGAGACAAAACUUUCUCCCUUCGCUAACUCUUUAUCUUCUCAAUUACAGAGCAUUCUGCUUCCUGAUAAAUUCUUUUCUUCGUUCGAGCAAGGCUUGUCUAGCCUGUGCGGAGCAAGCCGGAACUGGCUUCGUGACUGCUGGGACAGUAGCCUCAGUAAAGAAGAGACGCCCCUACGAUUAUCCCAUCUCUAAGAAUCUCAGGACUUGUGAAGAGCUGACUGACUCCAGCGCUGAACUAACGAAUCUCUUCAUGUUCUCGAAAGUGGAGUGA